UUGGACAUCACGGCACAUCAGCCCGGAAAGGGGCGUGUUCGUGCGCCCCGAUUGGCCGUGGUUUGGUGGGGGCGGAGCGGGCAGGCGCGGGCUGGGAGCUGCGGCGGCGGGCAGAAUGGGUUCUCGCCGCUGUCUCCGCUAAGGCGCGCUCGCGUGGGUACCCGGCCGGCCCGCAGUGCCGCGCGGAGCAUGAAGGGCGGCCCGGGCAGCGGCACCAUGCAGGAAACCUUCGGCUGCGUCGUUGCCAAUCGCUUUCACCAGCUACUGGACGACGAGUCGGACCCGUUCGACGUCCUGCGCGAGGCCGAGCGCAGGCGCCAGCUGCAGCUGCCGCGCAGGAAGCGCGACGAGGCGGGAGCCACGGCCCAGGGGCCCAAGGCGGGCGGCGCCGGCGGCCGCAAGGGGUCCCGCAAGGAGCGCAAGGGUCCCGUAGCCCCCGCGAGCCCUGGCGGGGCCCUGCCACCGCCGCCGCUCCAGUCACUGCAGGCAGGCCAGGGACGCACUCCUAGAAGAGGGGAGCUACAAGGAUGGAACGACAGCCGGGGGCCAGACGUGACACUGGACAGAACAGAGCGGCGAUCCUACCGGGAAUAUCGACCCUACGAGACCGAACGGCAGGUGGACUUCACAGCUGAGAAGUACACAGAUGGGGGGCCGGUGGACAGGUUUGAUCGAGACGGAGCACCCAGAGGCCGUGGGGGCCCCAGAGGGGGCCUGCGGGGCCGAGGCCGAGGCAUUGGCGGGCCCGGGAACAGAGCUUUCGACACGUUUGACCCGAGAGGGAAACGAGAUUUUGAAAGAUACAGUGGGAAUGAUAAAUUAGCAUUCAGACCUGAGGACAGCAUGGGUGGGUGUGGAGCUCGCACCUGGGGGUCAGGAAAAGACUCGAGCAACCUGGAGCUGAGCGGCCUGAUGGAAGAGAGCUCAGCGAUGGAGGUGGCCCAGGGCACCCUGGAGGAGGACUCUCCAGCCAGAGUUUCUGAGUUGGAGGUAGAAGAGGAAACUCAAGUUUAUGAGAUGACCUUGGACGAAUGGAAAAAUCUUCAAGAACAGACCAGACCAAAACCUGAAUUUAACAUCCGGAAACCAGAGUCUACAGUUCCUUCCAAAGCAGUGGUGAUUCAUAAGUCAAAAUACAGAGAAGAUAUAGUGAAGGAUGACAGUGAGGAAGAUGCCCACGUUUUCCGGAAAGCUGCCAACGACAUCACUUCCCAGCUGGAGAUCAACUUCGGGAACCUCCCUCGUCCCGGACGUGGGGGCCGAGGGGGUAUUCGGGGCGCCCGGGGGCGGCCCCGCAGGGUGGACAACUACGGCCCCAGAGCAGAAGUGGUGACGCAGGACAUUGCCCCCAACCCUGACGACCCUGAAGACUUCCCUGCUCUGGCAUGAAUGGGGCCCCCCAGAAGUUCCCCACCUACGCGGAGACCCUGAGAGCAAUAGAUGUCGCUUCCCCGUGUCACCUGAAGUUGGCUGCCCUCUUUCUUGGUCUGAGGGUGUGGGGCGCAGAGGCUCCUCACCCACCGCCCCCUUGAGGGGUUUCUGUCAGGCACUUUCCAAGCAGGCAGAACCGCUUUCUUAAGGAUUUCCAAAGGAAGUCCAGGAAUGACAUUAAAAGUAUAUAUAGAGAGACUGUAUGAGGCCUCCACCAAAGCCUGGAGAGUAGCAGCUGUAAAAUAGCAUCUCUGGAGACCACUUAGUAAGCUGUAUAGUUCCUAGACACUGGACAGAGCCCGCCCCGUAUCCCAGGAAAUAAGACUUGUAACUGCUAGUUCACAGCAGCCGCAGCCUAGUGCAGUGUUCACUGUAAAUGCCCUGCCAUCCGAAAUUCCCAGUUCGCAUUUCCAUUCAGCCACUAACUCCAAGCAGCCAUUGUACAGCUAAGGUCACCACUGUGUGACAAAGAAAUAGAAAAAGUACUGAUUUUUAAUGGUGAUAUAAACUACCUCGUGGUUUGUAUGUGUGUGAACACACUCGGUCUAUAUAGUACAUGUGUACGUGCAUAAUUAGCAUUUGUUGGUUUUUAGGACAGGUAUGAAGUGUAUGAUUUUUAAAAUCGAGGUGUUUAACCUACCAGAUGAGAGAUUUCCCAGCCAGGUUUAGCAGUGUGCCCCUUAGAACCAGAGGGUGAGCCCCUGCCUGGCAGACGAGCUGCCCCACCUCCUCCCCUCCACUGGGCCCAGCUGUCCCCGCCCAGAGCCUGCAGGUGCUGGACAGGACAGGCAGCAGGGACUCGGCAGCGGCGAUGGAUGACAAGGGCAUGGGCUGUGCCCUGUCGGGCCUGGACACCGCUGGAGUCAGGCUCUGCUGUCUGAGAGAGCUCAGCUGGAGCCCAUGUGCAAACAGGCGGGGGUUCCCUCCACACCGCAUAGCAAUCUUAGUCCCCUCGGCCAUGCUGAGCCACAGUGGAGGGUCAGGUGGCAGUGGCUGUGGUGUUCCUUAUUAAAGGACUAUCCGAGUA